GUGCCGGGCUCACCUGGGCUCUCAGAGUUGCAGAGCGCAGCGGAUCGGAGCGGAGUGUGUGCGAGUUACCGCGGGCUGAGAUCCGGGCCAGGCUCCGUCACCCGCACCCAUGGCGGGUCCCAAGCUUCUCCUGCCGGCACUGUGUCUGUGCGGAGUGCUGUGCGUGUUACAGGUGGUGCCCUCUGCAAGCGAGGAUCCCGCAGCAUGCCGCCCAGGCUUCUCUUCCAGCCACUAUGUCUUUGCUGUAGACCGCAAGGAGAUAAAGAAGGACAGGAAGCUGGGGAAAGUACAUUUUGUUGAGUGCGCUCCGCGGAAACACGUGAAGUAUGAUGUCAGCGAUCCCCGCUUCUUGGUGCUGACCGAUGGCAGUUUGACAGCAAAACGACACGUGAAUCUACACGGCCCAGACAUCCGGUUUUCCGUCACUACGUGGGAUGCACACGGGAACAAGUUCUCCACCGCAGUCGCGGUAAAGAGAUUAAAGCGAUCUAAAGAGAAAGGACAGCGUAAAGGCAAGUUACCCCUGCUGGCCUUCCCAGACACACCGACUGGCCUGAAGAGGAAGAAAAGGGAGUGGGUGAUCCCACCCAUCACUCUGCCGGAGAACCAGAGGGGGGAAUUCCCUAAAAAGCUAGUACAGAUCAAAUCCAAUAAAGGACCAGGGAUUUUCUACAGCAUUACGGGGCCAGGCGCAGACACUCCGCCUGUGGGAAUCUUCCGCAUCGAGAAGGGGACUGGCCAGAUGCUGGUGACCAAGCCUUUGGACCGUGAGGAAUGUGCAGUGUAUACGCUCCAGUCUCACGCGGUGUCUUCGAACGGCGCGUCUGUGGAAGAGCCAAUGGAAAUCAUAAUUCAGGUUCUCGAUCAGAAUGAUAACAAACCCGUCUUCACGGAGGAAGUGUUCCGAGGGUACGUCAGGGAAGGUGUUCCGCCAGGUACGUCUGUGAUGACCGUAUCUGCUACAGACGCUGAUGACCCCACCACCGACAAUGCCAUUCUGGGGUAUGCCAUUCUCAAGCAGGAGCCGGAGGACCCCAUUCCAGGACUUUUCACCAUCAAUAGUGUGACUGGUGUGAUCAGCGUAAUUGGCACGGGGCUGGACAGAGAGAGAAUUCCGCAGUACAAACUGACGCUGCAGGUGGCAGACAUGGAGGGCACAGGACUGUCCUCAACCGGCAUAGCCAUUAUCCAGAUCACCGACUCCAACGAUAACGCCCCAGUGUUUGAUCCUGUGACGUACACUGCGCUGGUGCCAGAAAACGAGAAGGGAUUUGAAGUUCAGCGACUGACCGUUACGGACAGCGACGAGCAGAAUUCUCCCGCCUGGCGAGCGGUCUAUAAAAUAAUAAAGGGCAAUGAAGGAGUCGUUUUCUCUAUCCGCACAGACCCCGAUACAAAUGACGGUAUCCUCACUACAGAGAAGGGUUUGGACUUUGAAACUAGAAAGCAGUUUGUGCUGCUGAUCACUGUGGAGAAUGAAGAACCUUUUGCGGUCAACCUGCCGACCUCCACCGCCACGGUUACUGUCAAUGUGGAGGAUGUGAAUGAGGCGCCGUUCUUCAAGCCGAUCAUCAGUGUGGCGGAGGUGCCGGAGAACCUUCAUCGUGGGGAGAAGAUCAUAGCGCUUGUUGCUCAGGAUCCUGACAAGCAGCAGAACCAGAAGCUCAGGUAUAAAAUUGGUAAUGACCCCGCUAGAUGGGUUUCUGUGAAUGAGGACACUGGAAUUGUCACCGGAAACGGCAACCUGGACAGAGAGUCUGAAUUUGUCAAGAACAACAAUUACACAGUCAUUGUGAUGGUGACCGAUGAUGGGAUUCCAUUUGCCACCGGUACUGGAACACUCAUCCUGCAACUGAGUGAUGUGAAUGACAAUGGUCCCGUCCCUAGUCCUCGUUCCUUCACCAUGUGCAACCAAAAUCCAGAACCCCAAGAGUUCUCAAUCAGUGAUGCCGACCUUCCUCCAAACACCUACCCUUACAGAGUGGAGCUCUCGCAUGGAUCAGACAUGGCCUGGGAGGCGGAGGUGAAAGGAACAGAUGCGAUGAUCCUCCGACCCAAGGAAGAGCUGAAGAUCGGAGACUACUAUGUGUAUAUCCGCCUGUACGAUGCUGGGGAUCUGGCACAGGUCACCGUGGUGAAUGCGACCGUGUGCGGCUGUGAGGGCAGCUCCAUCAGCUGUAACGAGCGGCAAUUGACAGGCUUCGAACUGCCAACUAUACUGAUCAUUUUGGGAUCCGUUUUGGCUCUGCUAAUUCUCAUCCUACUGCUAUUAAUAUUCUUGAAGCGGAAGAGGGUAGUGAAGGAACCCUUGCUGCUACCAGAGGAUGACACCAGGGACAACAUAUUCUAUUACGGUGAAGAGGGUGGCGGAGAAGAAGACCAGGACUAUGACCUGAGCCAGCUGCACCGUGGCCUAGACGCCCGGCCUGACGUCAUGAGGAAUGACGUGGUACCCACGCUAAUGCCUGCACCCCAGUACAGACAACGGCCCUCAAACCCGGAUGAGAUUGGUAACUUCAUUGAAGAGAAUCUGCACGCCGCGGACAACGACCCGACUGCUCCACCCUACGACUCUCUCCUCGUCUUUGAUUACGAGGGUAGUGGGUCGGAGGCAGCAUCCCUCAGCUCCCUGAACUCCUCCAGCUCUGAUGGCGACCAGGAUUAUAACUGUCUGAAUGACUGGGGACCCCGUUUCCGGAAGCUGGCAGACAUGUAUGGGGGUGAUGAAGACUAGUUUGCCGGAGGGGGCAGCUGCCAACUUUGUCCAAAACUAGAACUUCUGCCGCAUCGCCUUAAAUAAUGGUCCUUUUUUUUUUUUUUUUUUUUUUUUUCCGUUUUUUUCCGGACUGGAGAAUCUGCCUUAUGUUACGUGGCAUGUGAUGUGCUUCUCCCAGUUCAUGUUACGCAGGCCGUGUCCUCUUCACUGGCAUCAUGCAACCAGACUAGCACAAUGGUGUUGCCAAGCCAAAGACGUGAAGAGAAUAACUUGAAUUGUUGGCGUAAAGUGCCCGCUGUGACUAGGAAAGGCUUCCAGGAAGGGUUGGGGCUGAGCUUACCUUAGCUCCAUCCUGAGGGAGCUCUGCUAGUUAGUCUUUGUUUCAGGGGUGGCUUCUGUUUGUUUUAGGAACUGAUCUACCACGCUAAUCCGAAUGUAGACUUAACGUUGCACCAAUAAGCCUUUAGCCCUUUCUGCUGUGUAAUCCAAGUUUUAAGGAUUGAUUCGCUCACAUGGAACAUCCAAUUGCUCUUGGAGGGAUCGUAGAGCGUGCUACCCAUCUACCAAAGGAAUGAGAUUUGGACUGCAAACACAUUACUCCCCAAGCUUUCUGCAGGUCCUAUAUAAUUUGGGAUGUUCCCGCAAAAUGUAAAAAAAAAAAAAAUUUGAUUUCUGUUUAUAUUGAAGGGUGGGAUGAUUUAGGGGUGUGCUGAGUUACAAUGUUUGCAUCAGACACAAUAUAUACACCCCAAGGUGUAAAGAUUCCCAAAGCUGAUGUGCCUGGGGGUCAGUUUUUGUUUCUGCGUCUCUGCCCUCUGAGAGUCCAUCACAUCUCCUGAUUCACAGUUUGGGCCUCAAAAUUGCAUUUUAGUUUUUUUUUUUAUAUUUUGUGGUUUUCGCUUUCCCUCUGGUUUUUUUUAUUUACUAUUUAUAGGAAUAAAUUGUUUUUGUAUCAAACUUCAAAAAAAAAAUUCAUGUAAACCACUCAAAUACAUUUUAUUAAAGGCUUGUGUGUGGUUUUUAUAUUU